CCGGCCCCGGCCCCGGCCCCGGCCCCAGCCCCAGCCCCAGCGCCGGCCCCAGCCCCCGCCGCCCGCGGGCCGCCGCGCCGCCCCGCAUUGUCCGGGCGGCAGCGGCAGGAUGCGGCGCCCCGCACGGCCGCCCGCCGCCGGGCUGCGCUAGGGCCCGCCGGCAUGAGGAGGUCUGUCGAAGAUGCACUGGUCACCAGAGCAUGCCCAGUCCCUGAACCAGUGGCCGGAGCAGCACCUCGACGUCUCCUCCACCACCUCCUCGCCAGCCCACAAGUCCGACCUCUACCCCAGCACCCGCCAGCGCUUCAACUACGCCUGGGCCAACGACGACAUCUCCGCGCUCACCGCCUCCAACCUCCUCAAGAGGUACGCCGAGAAGUACUCGGGGGUGCUGGACGCGCCCUACGAGCGCCCGGCGCUGAGCGGCUACGGGGAUGGAGCCUUCGGGCCGGUUAACGGGCAGAAGGGGGACGGGGAGCCCUGGCCGGUGGCGCACGGCUCCGAUGGUGCCUACCCCCUGACCCCCAUCCACGAUGGCCUCCCCGGCGCCAAGGGGGUGGUGCCACCCGCCGUCCCCCCCAGCGGCGGGGCCAUCGGGCUCGGCGGCUCCCCCGUGGUCUCCGCCAACCUCGCCGACCCCAUGUACCCCGGUAAUUCCUGCGGAGGAGCUGCCGCCAGCUCCGGCGGGCUCGGGUCAUCUCAGGAGUACCCCUCAGGCUACGGUGGCACCUACUUGCCCUCCGGCUACUGCACCCAGCCGGCGGCAGCGCUCCCCCCACCGCACCCCCCCUCCCUCCACGGCUCGGGGCUCCUGCAGCCCCCGCACCCCUCGCCCGCCCUGGUGCCGGGCUACGGCUCCUCCGGCCCCAUGUACAACUACGCCGCCGGCAGCUACCCGCCACAGCCGGGCUACGGGACCAUCCACCCGCCCCAUCCCUCCGCCUCCUACCUGCCCUCCGGCAUCGCGGCGCCCACCCCCAUCCCGGCCCCGCCGCCCCCCGCCCGCCCGCCCGGGGUCCCCGGCUACGGCUACCAGGGCGCCGGCUUGGCCCCGCUGGCCGUGCCGCCCCUCGGCACCGAGGCAGCGGGCGCCCUGAAGAGGAAGGCUUUUGACAUCUCUGGUGGGGAGGAUGAGGGGGAGGGCAGAUAUAGGAAAUACAGCUACGAGCAGCCAAAGUCCCCCUACCCCAUGUCGGACAACGGCGAGUGCCGGGGCAACGGGUUCGGUGGCAGUGCCGAGUCCCCCCAGGUGGCCUUCAAGCCCGGGAAGCGGCCCGCGGGAGCCGGGAGCGCCGAGGAACAUGCCGGCAAGUACAGCGGGCAGCCGAUGAAGAGUAUGGUCUCGCCGCCCUACGGCGCUGGGGAUGCUCCGCUGCGGCCGGCAGAGCCCUUCGAGAAGUUCAGCCCCCCCCUCGCCAACGGGGAGCGGGCGGCCGAGCCGGGACCCCCCUUCCCGCUGCGGCUGCCCCCCAAAGCGCCGGUCUUUGGCAGCCCGCCGGUGGAGGAGCAGCCCAAGAACGUCGACCCUCUGGUCUUGGAGCUGGUGAACACCAAGAUCGUGGAGCGGGGCCCGCCCGUGCAGUGGACGGACAUCGCCGGGCAGGUCUCCGUGAAGGCCACCAUCGAGGAGGAGCUGGUGUGGCCCAUCCUGCGUCCCGGCGCCUACACCGGGGCGAGCCGGCCACCCCGAACCGUCCUGCUCUUUGGUCCCCGCGGCACGGGGAAGACCCUGCUGAGCCGGUGCAUCUCCACCCAGCUGGGCUCCACCUUGCUGAAGCUCAGUGGGACGACCCUGCUCUCCACCUGGAAAGCCGAAGCCGAGAAGAUCCUGCAGACCGUCUUCUUCGUGGCCAGCUGCCGGCAGCCCGCGGUGGUGCUCAUCACCGAGGCCGAGUCCUUGCUGGUGGCCCGGGCUGGCGAGGACGGCAGCCAGGUGAGCAACCUAAAGUCCCAGCUCCUCUCCUACCUGGACAACGUGGCUACCUCAUCCGAGCAGAACGUGGUCGUCAUCGGGACCACCUCCCGGCCUGGCAGCAUGGACGAAGCUUCCCACCGCCGCUUCGCCAAGCGGUUCUACAUCUCCCCGCCGGACAGCAUCGCCCGGCGGCAGAUCCUCCAUCACGCCCUGGCUCAGCAGAGCUCCUGCCUGAGCGAGCGGGAGAUGGCCUCCCUGGUGCAGCACACGGAGAGCUUCUCGGGCAGCGAGCUGGUCCAGCUCUGCCAGCACGCCGGGGCCACCACGCUGCACGGUUUGCCGGGCCAGAUCCAGCCCACCUCCUACCAGGACUUUGAGAAGGCGUUCUGCAAGGUCCGCCCCGCCGCCUCCCAGAAGGAGCUGGACUUGUUCCUGGAGUGGGAUAAAAUGUACGGCACCAGGCACUGACGGCGCGGCGUCGGGGGGACGGGGGGUGCGGGAGCGGGCCCUUCGCCCCGGCCCGAGGUUUCGGGGCCGGCUGUGGGACUUGGCUGACGAACGCAGGGUUUGGAGGGGCCGGGCUGGGGUCUGCGGGGGCUCCGGUUCUCCCCCAGAGCCGCGCCGGGGCCGGACCCCCCUCCUCCUGAAGUGCAGGAGACCCCCGGACAGCCCCGACGGCAGCACGACGUACCUCUUCUUUACUAUUUCGGGCUCGGCUGGGCUUUUCCUCUCCUUGGUUUUUCGGAAGCCGUCGCUCACUGAACUCAGGAUAACCUAUUUAUUAUUUUCCCGUUCAUCCGUCCCUGGACCAGCGACGCAGCGAGCGGGGCCGGGGGCACCUCAGCAUCCGGCUCUCCGGCGUCGGAUGCACGAGCUCCCCCGUCGAUCCAGAGGCUCGAUUAUUAUUAUUUUUGUUGAUUGCUUUGAUUGUUCCUAACAGAAAUACCUCGGGCGUCUUUUGAGCAAAGCAGCCCCUUCGCACGUGGCACGAGCAGCCCGGCGGCGAUGUCCUUCAUCGGGGAGGGGGGGAGCGGGCGGGGGGACACAAAACCAGGGGGUUUUGGAGUAAAAUGCUGUAGAUUGUUUAAUAUACUAGACUUGGGUUUUUAUUUUUGUAAGGUAUGUAGUAUUUUUUUGUUUGGUUUUUUUUUUUCUUUUUAACUACUCAGGAAAAGAAUUACCUCAGAAAAAAAAAAAAAAGAAUGUGUUUUUAAAAGCUCUUUUUAUCUUCUCAGAAAAGGAAAAAGAGAUUUUUAAGAGUUUUCAGACCUGGAACAAAGCUGCCUCGCGCAUUUGCUUCCAAAAAGGGUGACAGAAAGAAGGAAGAAAGAAAAGAAAAAAAACUUGAAGCUGUUACAAAGAUGAAAGUUGAAUGUAUUUUGGGUGCUUUUCACGUAUAUUAUGCCAUAAUUUUAUUUUAAUUUUUUUUUUUUUUUAACAUUGUUAUUGUAGCGUUUGGUGGAGUAACGUGUCUUCAACGGAAAGAGUAUUAGUGCCGUAGUUUGGAAGCUGUCGUUAGCACCACUUUUGGGGCCAGGCUGGGUCCGUCAUCCUCCAGCAUCGCGCGCCGCAUCGCGGGGCCGGGGACUGGGGGUGCGGGGGGACACCCCCCCCCGUGCGGGGCUGGGGCCGGGGGGACCCUCCUCCCGGUGCCGUUUCUGCACUGGGGAUGGGGCCGCGGGGGCCACCCGUGCUUUGCCGGGGAGGCUGCCGGCGUCGAUGCCGCUGCGGGGGUGUGCCGCUCCCUUUUCGCCCGAAAUCAGGGAUUUUUGGCUUCCCACUGCCGCUGCCGCCUCUGAACACCGAGAAGCCCCGGCAGAGGCUGGCGGUGGCUGCAAAGUUUGGGGAAAUCACUUCCCACCAAAAAAAAAAGGAUAAGUCUGGCAGGCCGAGCGUGGUGGUGGGUUUUGCCCCGGGGGCUCUUUGCCCCCCGCUCCAUCCCGGGGGGCCGGGCUGCGGCGGCUGCUGGGGUCAGGACGCGGCUCCCCCCGCUCUUGCAGAUGCAAAGCUGCGUGGCACAGAGCGUGACCCUACUGCACGUCCAGCUGACCCCCCCCAUCCGCCUCGCGUCGCCGCGCGGGGGGGUGUCCAAUUAAAAAAAAUAUUAAUUUUUUUUUGGUUUUUUUUUAGAGCUAUAUAUUGUACGGGGGGGGAGGCAGCUGCUCCGCUGCCGCCCACCGGCACCGGCCGCUGCUCAGAGCAGCCCCCCCAUCACCUCAGGGUCUGGGGAUGCACCCUUGGGGGGGGCUCCCCCCCACCCCCGCUGCAGGAGCGCGGCGUCUGCCAGUUUGGGGACGUUUUCCCAGGUUUGGGGUUUUUUUUUUUUGCAGUUUCCCGUUUCAGCGGGCGCGGGCAGGCACUGCCUGCGUGCAAAGGGCAUUACCGCGGCAGACGCCUCCCCCCCCCCCCCCCCCAAAAAAAAGUGGUACUGGGUUCCUGAAGACUUUUUAUUAUUAUUAUUAUCAUAUUUGACUUUGUACACUCUCUGUAACCAUUUCUACCUCAUUUUGCAACAUAUUGUACAUGAAAGUAUUUAAUUCAUGUCUUAUUAAUGUCUGAGAAAGAAAUGCUUUUGAACUGUAAUGGUCUACCUCAAGAAAUGCUGUAUUUUAAAAAGAAAAGUAUUACACAGUAUUAAAGAGAUU